UCUUAUGACUGACUCCCUUCGCGCUGCUACGUUCCCUCCGUCGUUCUGCAAAACCACGCAGACAGCGCCGGGCGAAAACACCGGGCACGGCGAUCCGAAGCUGUGGCUGCUCGUGAGAAGCGAAAGGAAGAACAAAGGGCUGGCCGAGCGCGUGAAGGUGGAACCGCGGCCGGAAAACGGGCAUGGCAUCUUUAAGCUUGGGGCUUAGCGGAGCCCGUAAAAAAGCCGCUGCGAGAAACGGAGCUGUGGAGAGACGGAAUUUAAUAAUGGUUUGCAGGUUCUCGGUGAAAACGCUGAUUGAUCGCUCCUGCUUUGAGACAAUAGACGACACAUCUCCGGAGUUCAUAAACUUUGUCUCCAUUUUGGAGCAGAUCCUCAGUCAUCGUCUCAAAGGUCAGAUCAGCUGGUUUGGCUAUGAGAGUCCGCGGAGUUUCUGGGACUAUGUGCGUGUGGCCUGCGGUAAAGUGUCUCACAGCUGCAUCCACAGCAUCGAGAGCAUGGAGAACGCACGCAGUUCCAGAGCCAAGGGCCGUGCAUGGAUCAGAGUUGCCUUGAUGGAGAAACGUCUGUCAGAAUAUAUUUCUUCCGCCUUGAGAGACUUCAAAACCACAAGGAGGUUUUACGAAGAUGGGGCAGUAUUGCUGGGGGAGGAAGCAGGGUUGCUAGCAGAUACUCUCAUUGGUUUAAACGCUAUUGAUUUCAGUUUCUGUCUGAAGGGGGAGGCUCUGGAUGGAUACCCUGCCGUCAUCGACUACACACCAUACCUCAAGUUCACACAAAGCUCAGACAGCAUCAGCAGUGAUGAGGAGGAGAUGCGAACUCUGGGCAGCAGUGGCAGUGAUGCCAGCACUCCUGAAUCCAACAUGGCCGCCAGCCUACACACAGAUCUGAGCAGCUGGUACAGCAAGUGCAAGAGAGUUGAGCAGAAAUACCGAGUGGUGCUGGAACAGAAGGGUUACCUGGAGGAGCUGGUGCGUUUGAGGGAGGCCCAGCUCUCAGAGUCAGUCUCCCAGAACAAAGCUCUGCUGCAGCGCUUCACUGAGGCCGACCUGAGCCACAAACUGGAGAAAGAGCAGCUGGAGUUUAUCAUCCUGGAGCUGCAGGACCAACUCAGGACUGUACUGAAGAACCAUGACCUCCGCUCCAGGCAGGAGCUCACUUCCCACCUGACCAACCAGUGGCCCUCCCCUGGCACCCUGGACACCAACGCAGUGGCCUUGGACACGCUACUCUACCAGAAACACUCAGGACAGUGGGAUGAGAAGAGCUUUCAGAGUCUGGACCAGCUGUCUGCUGAUAUGAGCCUGUCUCAGAUGUCUCUGGACCCAGGACAUACACACACACACAGUCUUGAUGGCAAGGCAGGACUCACACACUGGCACAGAGAAGGUAAAGAAGACACACCAUCUCUGAGAGGUUUGUGUGGAUCUCUAACAUCAGUAGCCAGCUACAAGUCUUUGGCCAGUUUGAAGUCCAGCGAGUAUCUGGCAAGCCCCAUCACAGAUAUGACCAGUCCAGGACUUACUCCAUCCUAAGUGCACGCACGCACACACACACACAC